UGAGCAUUAUGGGUUUACACUGUCUGCACCAUGCUCUCAGCAAGUAGUCGUUUCGUUCUGCGAUGUUGCCGGGCCGGCACCGGUACCAGCUAUUUUGUCGCUUCCAGAGCGAGCAGCGAUUGGUCUGGACUUCCUAAAAAAAACCCGAUGGUAUAUAUGGAUUUGGUGGCAGAUAACCAGCCAUUGGGUCGCGUCACUUUCGAGUUGCGGGCUGAUGUGGUGCCAAAAACUGCAGAAAAUUUUAGAGCCCUAUGUACUGGUGAGAAAGGCUUUGGAUAUAAGGGAUCAACAUUUCACAGAAUCAUUCCAAAUUUUAUGUGUCAGGGUGGUGAUUUUACCAAUCACAAUGGCACAGGAGGUAAAUCUAUUUACGGAAGCCGUUUCCCAGAUGAGAAUUUUUUUCUAAAGCAUACUGGACCAGGUGUUGUUUCAAUGGCCAAUGCAGGACCAAAUACCAAUGGAUCCCAGUUCUUUAUCUGUACAGUGGAAACAGAGUGGCUCGACAAUAAACAUGUAGUGUUUGGUUGCAUCAAGGAUGGCUAUGAUAUAAUGAAGAAAAUAGAGAGCUUCGGUAGCAAGACUGGUCGUCCUUCCAAAAAAGUAGUUGUUGCAGAAUGCGGAGAACUUGCAUGACUGAAAAAUACCUGAUAGCUGUGAAGUUUUUAAAUUACUGUGCACCUUAACUCUCACGACUGCAAAGUUGUUUUGAAGUCUGAAGAUUCACACAUGAAAAAAAUCACAAAAUGCUGCUUCCUCUACAUGUGAAGCUAUGGGAUGUUUUGUUGUUCUUGAUAUGAAAAGCAAUGUGAAUAUGGCAAUGUGCCUCUUUAAUCACUGGAAGGGUUUAUGGGAAAAUUUUGUCAGAAUAGAUUCAUACAGUGCCUUGGUUUAUUGACUUAUUUUUAACCCCCUUAACUGCUUGGGGUUUUCAGUUUUCUGUGCAUCGUUUAUCAUUUCUGCUAGUCAUUAGAGAAAUUAACAUUUCCCUAUAAUUCCCAUAGGUGCUGAUGCCUAAACACCCUGAAUGUAUGAAAAAAAUGAGCAAUGUGAAAAACAAUAAUGGGCUAUACACAAUCACAGUAUCAGCAACUCAGGGAAACUCAUUUGUUGAUGUUUAUUAAUGUUCAGGAUAAAGGGCUGAAUAAAAUAAAAUGGUUUUGUGAAAUAAGUUCAAAAAUGCACUCCCCUAUAUAUUUUCUUCUUGUGUCUGAGUGGUUUUAGAGACUGUAUGAAGAUGCCAGUGUUAUUUAAAUUUUAGCAGUGAGGAGUAAAGACAUUUCUCAGAAAGAUUUAACUGUGUAUGGGUUUAUGGGAUUAAAUUUCAAAUGCAACCAGAGUUAUGCAACAAAAAGUUCCCAUGGCAUGUAGACUUGUCCUUUUGUUUUCGUACAUCAAUAAAAUUAUUGGUGGUAAUGUAACUUAAAAGUUAUAGUAUCCUGUAACAAUGAAUUAAAUGUGUGCUUAAAAUCCAGUUACCUGAAAAUGCUGUCUGCUGAUGGGUCUGUUUUGGAUUAUUACACCUGGUGAAAACAAUGCAACUUUAUUUCAUUACUGUUUUCCUAGAAUCAAAUUUCAAAAUGGUCUAAUUGACCUUCGUGCAGCCAUGGGAUAGCUUAGGGCAGUGCCCAACUUCACAGUUUUGAGCCUUUUCCCACUCAAGCCAUGGUGCCUCUAAGCCUUGUGUUUGUGUUAUAAGUGAAACCUUAAUAAAUAUUUUUUUUUGUAAAUGUAGUCACUCAAUUUGCUUUGUCAAUCCACUCUGUACUUCAUCUAGCACCCAACUGAAUUAUAUAAAUGUAUGGAAACUGGUGGGCUCAUUUUCAGGAGGGGGGGGGGUGUUAGCCCCACCCUGCUAAUGGACUUCUGGAAUUAACAUCACAAGGCAGGGGUUAUUCUUAGGGUUACUUUGCAUGUAGUUAGAAGAUUGUAUGCUACUGAAUGUUAUUUAUUAAAGGAGGUUGAACUAGCA